GAACCUGAUAAGGGACAAGGGGGUUCAGGAAACCCAGGCGACCUGGGUGAUCCAGACGAUCCAGACGACCCCGAUGACCCAAGAGGGCCAAAUGGCCCCGGUCCUAGAAACCCGAGAAUUCCCACUAAUUCAGGAGAAGAAGGGAGUGGAAAUAGGAAACCAUACGCAAAGGAGAAACACAUCGGAGAUCCUACCCAUUUUGAUGGGAAUCGAAAGGACGCAGUCAGAUGGUUCAUCUCCGUCAGAGUAUAUUUAGAAGAAAAUCAUGAGAUAUACGAUACCGAUGAAUCAUGGGUUAAGUUUGCCACUCAAAGAAUGACUAAAGGUACAGCUCGAGAAUGGGUAGAUUCUUUUUAUCAGAAAGUUAUGGCAAAAGAAUAUCAGAAUAGACGACUGGGAAAAACAGAUAGUGCUUGGGGAACAUGGGACGAAUUUGGUGACCAAUUUUGGUUAUCAUUCCAACCCCUAGACCAAGAAAAUUCGGCUAUCUCGGAAAUGCAAACCUUAACUCAGAAGAAGUGCCGAACUUUGGAUGACUAUAUCCAGAAGUUCCAAUCAGCAUUUAUGCGAUCCAAAUUACCCGAUGGAAAGACAAUCGUUCAGAUGUUUAUGAGAGGGUUAGACCAAGAUCUCGCGUUAUCAAUUAUUAACCGAGGAAAACCUCCGGAAACAUUAGCCGAUUGGAUA